AUGAUCCCGCCCUAUCCGGGUCCUGUCGACCCGGACAUGGAGGACGAUUAUGACAACUACCAGGCAGGCGAUGGCCACGGCGGCCAGGAUGGUGACCAUGAAGAGAAGUCGGAGGACAACCCGCCCACUCCUCUCCGCUCGGACGUCCCGCCUGCGGAUGCCAAGGGUGGGCCGGUGUACGCCCAAAUGCGACCCACGGUCCACCCGGGAUCUGAUGUGCUCCCUCUGUCGCCCCAGACGGACUUCAAGCGCCUGAUUUCCGACUGUGCUGCAUCCCUGCCGGAGUUUGUCCCUUGGCCGGAUGUCCGGCUGGAUGUCCAAUUCGUCAUGCGGAUGGACCAUGGGUACGAAGAGGCCUUGGACAUCCUCCGUCAGGAUUGUCCGGCCCACCAGUAUUUCCCAAAGCCUUGGCUGCUGGAGAUGCUGGUCAAGAUGAUGUACCAUGGCACCCUGGACGACACCCUCUGGACGCGUCAUGUCCCCGAGACCUUCUACAAGAUGGCUGAGGUCAUGCUCCAGGGUCGUCUCCGGUCGGGUAUGUAUCCGGAGGAGUUUCCGCCACUGCGCAACUUGGCCGAGGAGGCUGCUGCCGAGAUAGAGAUCGUCGAAGUUGACGGCUCCCGUGAAAGUGACGACUCACGUGACUCCGACUACGAGGACAAGGACAAGCCAUCUCCAUCUGGGAAGAGCGUGGAUGGGCCAUCCAAGGCGAAGUCCAUUGACGAGAGCAGCUCGUCGGACAGCGACACCGAUGAGGAGCAGCCGUCCAAGCCCAAGCGCAACCCCAAGCGGAACCGCGUUCAGUCAUCUUCGGACAACUCCUCUGAGGACGAGCUCCAGUCGUCUUCCUCAUCCCAGCGUCGGUCUCCUCGGUUGUCGUCCCAGAAGGAACCCCGGUCUCCCCGGUCGAAGUUCGCGCUGCAGGAUAAACCUGAUCGACCUUCGUCCAAGAAGAACCCCAAAAAACGCAGCCGGACGUCGCAACCCAAACGGGAGGGUGGCAAGUCGCCCCUGGCACAGAAGUCUUACGAGGACCUGAACAGCAGGGAAUUGGCGAUCAUCGAGACCCCAUCUGGGGACAUAGUCUCGUGGCGUCGUCGUGGCACUCGUUUCUCUCCGAAGAAAGGUGGCAUCGAGGGCCAGACGCCUGGGUUUCCUAACUACGCACCUCAGCAGCCUGAGACCAAGUAUCUGGCCAGGCGUUGGCCUGCAGUCGAAGAUGAGUAUGCGGCCCUGGUCGAGAAGGAACCCUGGCUGGAGAUGUUUAACAACCGGGUCAAGGUCCUGUACUUCCACCGCCGGGAACAACUACCCCCAGCUGUGAUCCGCAUCCUGGACCAACAUGUGGGGUACAUGAAUGAUCGCCUUCCAGCCUUCUGGUACAUCCUGCACUGGUUCAUGAUGAAGACCAAGCCUGAAGACGACGAGAAGUGCGACGACCUCACGAUCUACGAACGGGCUCAAGAUCUCUACCGCAAGCGUCAGGCGCUCCACGACGGGGUUGCGCGCACCUUCGAGGCCCGCAUCAAGCGUCUGAUCAAGGCCGGCAUGCCGAAAACGAUGGUCUGGGAGCCUGGAUUCUGGUUGUACCCGUGCAAGAUCUGCUGCCUGUACUUGGUCGACGAAUCAACCAAGAAGGUCGAUGGCACGCGUUACACCCUGGCUGACCAGAUCGCGAUGGCCGAACUCGAAGACCCCGGCCGGACUCAGUGGACUACCUGUACGGAUGACGAGCGUCUGGCGCAUGUCCCAGCCAAGAUCGUCGACAAGAUGCUGCUUCCAAAGCACGAGCGCGUCAACAACUGGGUCUCGACCAAGUUCCAGUGA